GAUAUGUUAAUCUUUGGUGCAGAUGUCAACAUGUUUUUUUUACACUUGCUGUGCAUUCUGGACUUUUGCACAUGUGCAUGGGCGCUGGAAUUUAAAUAACAACCAAUUAGGUGUUAUUACCUCUGCAGUUUCCAUGUCUUUCAGCAACAAGGACAGGUUGUUUUUGGUCCCUCGUCUUAGACAAAUUAUUAUUAUAUUAUUAUUGCAUAGAUAUGUAUUGACCAAAAAGACAUCUUCAAAUGAUUGAGGGUCAUUCCGACGGUUUCUGGCUAAGAGUUAACUGAUAAAAAUAUAAUUAAAAAAAUUUAUAAAUAAGAAUAUCUAUCAGAAAUGUUAAAUUUCCAUUGAAAAGUUUAGUUCAGUUUAAACCUGCAUGAACUGACAAAUAGUGAUCACCAACCUCCAAAAAAUGAUAUACAAGCUUGAAAGUGUUUUAUUUUAAUCUUAAAUUAACAGGUGAAAAUGUUUUCCUUUGAUUUGACAGAAUGGCCCUCCCUUCAAACAAAUAUCCAUACAGGGAGACAGAACCCAUUCCAGAGGACACACCAAAGGUCCGGGGCUAUGAUUUCAACCAAGGAGUGGACUACCAGAAGCUACUGCAGUCAUUCCUCCACACAGGCUUCCAGGCCACACAUGUGGCCAUGGCUAUUCAGCAAAUCAUAAAAAUGAUUGAGUUGCGUAAGGAGCCAGUGCAAAACGCUGAGGGCAAAUCCUUGACCUCGGUGCAGGGCUGCACCAUCUUCCUCAGUUAUACCUCAAACAUGGUCAGCAGUGGAGUCAGGGAGAUUAUACGUUAUCUGGCACAACACAAAAUGGUGGAUGUUUUAGUGACCACUGCUGGAGGAAUUGAGGAAGAUUUGAUCAAGUGCUUAGGUUCUGUUUACGUCGGAGACUUUGCUCUGUCCGGCAAGGUUCUACAUACUAAAGGUCUUGACAGGAUUGGUAAUCUUCUAAUGCCGGAUCAAAACUACCAGCUAUUGGAAAAUUGGCUAAUUCCUAUUAUGGGACAGAUGCUACUGGAGCAAAACACCCAGGGGGUUCGCUGGACACCAUCUAAGAUGAUCCAUCGCAUGGGGAAGGAGAUUAACAACCCAGACUCCAUUUACUAUUGGGCAUACAAGAACGACAUCCCAGUGUUCAGCCCUGCGCUCACAGAUGGCGCUAUAGGAGAUCUCUUCUACUGCUUCUUAGCCCAUAACCCUGGCCUUAUACUGGAUAUAGCUGAGGAUUUUCCGAAGAUCAUUAACGUAGCUGUGAAUGCCAAAAAGAGAGGGAUAAUCGUCCUGGGGGGAGGAUUAGCCAAGCACCAUACAUGCAAUGCUAAUGCAUGGGCAAAAGGAGCUGACUAUGCAGUGUUUGUGAACACAGGACAGGAAUUUGAUGGGAGUGACUCUGGAGCCAGACCUGACGAGGCGGUGUCCUGGGGAAAAGUUAGAGUUGACGCCAAGCCCGUGAAGAUUUUUGCAGAUGCAACUGUGAUCUUUCCCCUGCUGGUGGCAGAAACCUUUGCGGUUCAUGCUGAUAAGAAGACAGAGGACUCAGGCAUAUGAUAUAUGUACUUGAAUCAAGUACUUCUUUUGUAUUGUGUUAAUUGUGAUCAUUGCUACCAAUAAAGGAGAAACUUACAAUUUCCACACUGCAGUAUUCUUAUUUCUGUCUGUCUAUGUGAUUUGUUUAGGGCUUAUAUACGUUCAGACUGCAUAGACUUGUUUAAAUGUAAUAGUUAGCACAGUUUCAGAAUAUAUGAAACCUAGAGACAAGAGUAGCAGAACAUCUACAGGUAUAUAAAAUGUUGGUUGUGUUAAGAGAAAUACUGCAGUAUUCUGUUUCUUAUCUUAUCUGAUCUGAAAUGCCUUUUUAUUGUACAGUACUGCACAUAACCAUGUCAACCACAUAAACCACACUUACAGUCCCCCAGUUACCGCCUGUAGCAACUCACGGUCCAAAAAUCCUGUCCUGCAAAGAGAAACAUGAACGCAAACGAGUUAAACCAGAGAUGAACUCCAACAGCAGCUCUAAUUAUGUUCUGGGUUAAUAGUCUUGAAGUCUUAAAUAACAUGCUCUUGUUUACUCAUUCACAGUUAAACAAAUACAAGCAGAUGAUUUUUUUUGUGAAGUGCCCCCCAAAGCACUUUGUUCUUUUAGGUCAUUAUCAACGGCUGGUAAAUAAUCUCUCUGAUGUUUGUGACAUUUCUGUGACAUUUCACAUCAGAGAGUCUUUGAACCGCCAGCAACUGUGAACCAACCGUGGACACUGUGGCUUGUCUUUGACCACACACUCAUCUGCUGCACAACCUGAGCUGAGUCUCUGGAGGAGUUCAACUACCGCUCUGAGUUCAAGCUUCGUUGGUUGUUACAGACGUGCACGGAGUCCGGGCUGUGAGAAUCUCAACGUGUGUCACCGCGACGACAAUGUCAGGGAAGACGUGCAGCAGUAUCCUUCAAACACAAAAACUUGUAGAUCAACUUCGGCUGGAGGCGAGCAUGGAGAGAAUCAAGGUAUGUUAUAUGUCAGGUGAAAAGUUUUGUUUCCAAUGUCAGGGCAAAAAUAGUUUUCAGUGAUUUUUACAUCAACAUAGACACGAUUAUUAUUAUUUUUUAAAUCUACUUGAACAACCUUCUGCACCUUUGCUCCACUAGAUCUCCCUGACAGCUGCAGACCUGGUCCAGUACUGCAAGGACCACAGGCGCAGUGACCCUCUGCUCGUCGGCAUCGCUGCGUCGUCCAAUCCUUUUAAAGACAAGAAGACCUGUGUGCUGCUCUAGGAGUCUGGAACUGGACGAACGACACAAGACAGAAACACUAUGUGUAUAAUAUGGACUUAUCUUGUUUUUCUGCCCAACAUUGUAAAAAAAAAAAUCAAAAGCUUCACCAUCUGCUCUGGGGGAACAGCAGUAUCAUUUAACCAUUUGAAGCAACAGAAUGCUAACUUAUUGUUCAUGUCGAUAAAUGGCUUCGAUAAUUUGAGCGUGACAAAGGUUUUUUGUUAGUUUUGUGUUUGUAGGACAGGUAAGCCAGAGAAAGCACAGUGAAACAUCUGUUUGGUUUUGUAGUUUACUUCACACUGAUGCAGCCAUUUCAUAGUUGGAACACAUGAGGCAUCUGCACACAGAGCAACACAAAGAUACAAUAACUAUGUCACAGAUAUACUGGUUACAAGUAUUGCACACAAAGGGAGGUAUUUCUUUUUUAGAAUUUCUGGUUUGUUCACUUUAACUGAUUCUUAGGUGAAGUUUAUGAUUAUACAGUAUUCUUCAUUGGUUGUCGAGUCCUUCAGUCUGAAAUGUUACGGAAAAUUAAAAACCUCUCAAUACAGGAGAAUACAGGAGAAUCCUGACAUGCUUCA